UACUAAACAAUUGAUGGAAAGCUUCAAUUACGUUGGUGCAUGUCUAUGAAUGGUAUAUGUAUUAAGGAGUUGGUCGAGUUGUAGGCUGUAAGUGGGAGGUUUAAUUGACUAAUAUUUUUGGGGCACUCACGCGUAGCUAUUGGAAUCUCAUCAAUGGCGAGCUUUCGCAGUUACUUCAAGUAGGAGGUUCACAUCGAUCAGGAAGUUUGACCGUAAAUUAAGGUGCGUUGGUUAAAGGGCCUAGUUAGUAAUUCAUCCUUGAUUACUUAUUACGUGCUGAAUGGCGCCUUUUUCUUGAAUUAGUUGAGUGUUAGUUCUGAUAUGUUUAAGUUCUGCAUUUGUGAUUUGAUGAUUAUGUGCAUUCUUAAGUUCAUGUGUAUGCAUAACAUCAAUUUCUCUACGGAGAAAUCAUAUUAAUAUUGGAAUUAUAAGUUUAGAUCUCCUUCUGUUGGAGGAGAUCAUCCUUGACAAGCUUAGGUUGUCGAGCAAGUAAGCAAGUACAUGUUGAAUAACAUCUCUCCAUGGUGUGAGAGAUUGAUUCGAACAAGUAAGGAUAAAUCACUAAGAUAAUAGGUAAGAACAAGCAAGAACAUGUUUAACCCUUGCUUAGCUAGCUAUGCAUGCGGUACAAGAUCCCCAUUAUGUGGGUGUUUCGCCUUAGAUAGGCGCUGGAUCCCCAUUAUGUGGGUGUUUUGCCUUAGAUAGGCUCAGUUUACACGUUCAAACUCCCCAUUGUGAGGGUAGUCAUGUAAAGAUAUGUUAUGACAAGUUUACCGAAUGGUUGCGCUAGCUAAGUGGAGGGCCCCGAUAAAACAUGUAAGCAAGUAAUAACGAAACCCCUUUCCUAAUAAACUGUGCAUUUUAUUUACACGACCACCACAUGUGCAUGGCUCUACGUGUGUUUGAGGAUGAUUAUAGGAUUAGGACUGACCCCACGCCCGCACUCAGGAGCUAUAAGGAAACGAGAGCAAUUGGACCACUUAUUGGGAGGAAGCUAUUGCUCGAGAUGUCAUCUUCACAAGGGUUAGUGAUUGCAGAAGCUCCCAAGUGAACUCCUUCACUUAUGUACUUUUAUUAGUAGGCUUGAGACGGAUGCUCAUACAUGAUUUGUUAAGAGGAAUUUCCUACGGCGAUUUGAAAUUAUUUUCGUUAUUCUUUUCAUUUUGAGUUAUUUCGAUUUCUCACGGGCAUUUUGGUAAAGGUAGUGCUCGGCCGAGUUAGGGUGUUACACUUGAGGACGAUUGGGAAGUAACAAAAGGAUUUUUAGUACUAGAUUACACGACUAGACAAAAGAUGUGUUGAAUAAGGAUGAGUAAACAACUAUGUUAAUAAAUUUUAACAAAGUCACUAAAACACAUAACUGGCAUAAGAAUUUAUCAUCUAAAAAGAUAUAAAGUUGUGCUUUAAAAUAUUAUAAAGAGUUUCCAUUCACACAACUUACAACCUUAAAUUUUCUUUUUGGUAAUCAAUGAUUAUAUUAGGGAUGACAAUGGAGCGAGUUUGGGAGGGUUUUUCGAAAUCAUUUCCAUCUCUACUUUCAAAUACCCAAAUUCAAACCCGCCAACCUCAUACUCAUGCGGGGAAGGUUUUACAAACCCAUCGCCAUACUCGUGGAUUUCGGGUUUAUAUAUUAAACAUUAUAAUACCUGAAAUUUUACGUGUAAAUUUUCAACUAUAACACUAAACUGACCUACUAUAUCAUGAAGUCAACAAAAUACAAUCAUUCUUAAUACGAUUCAGAGCAUCUGAUCCUAAAACAUUCAAUAAUCCAUAAGAUAGAGUACAAUAUGAUCCAAAUCAUUAUUUUCUAACUCUGAUAUAUCUACUAAGUACAAUAACUAACUAACAUAAUCUUGUUAAACACAAGGGAAAAAGUGAAGAGUGAAAGGAGAAUUAAAUAAAUAAAAUGAAUUUCACCGCAGGACCUGCUAAACUUCUUUGGAGCCCAUGUGAGUGUGGUGGUUUCACGGUUAAAUCCACGUACAACAUCCUCAACAAGGAAAAAACCAUACCCACCCACCCCCCCCCAUCAAAUGUUUUGUUGGAUGUCCCCAUGCGCGCCAUAUGUUUCUCGUGUUGACUGCUUCAGGGCGAUCGAAUACUCGCGCAUGAGUUUAACUGAUAGACUGUAUCCUCAAUCAUUGAAUCGCAUGAACUAGGGGUGGCUAUUCGGUUCAUUCCAGUUAAACUGGCCUAAAUUGACCCGGUCCCAGUCCGGUCUUUUUGUAAAUAUGGGGACCAAAGAUUGGAUUGGUUAUAGUCAUGCUUUAACACGGUCCGGUUUUGACCAGGACCAGUCCCAUCCGGUUUUGACGGUUGCUGCCUGCUGGUAGAAGAAGAACGACGAGAUGUGGACGGUGGGCGACGACCUGAGACGGAGGUAGACAAGUUGUCGACGAGAUGCUAGUCGCAGGGUCGAAGCAGAGCGAUCUGGGACAGAGCGGAUGCUGGUCGGUGGUCGCGGAAGGUGCCUCGCUGGGUUGCAGGCUCGGAGCGGAAUGCCAGCGUCACAUUCGGAUUUUAGCCCAGCGUCGCGUCUCUUUGCGGAGGUGGUCGGAGCAAAGGUGGGACGGAGGCUCAGAGCGGAGGUGGAUUGGAGGCUCGGUCGACGGUCGCAUGUCGAAUUUAGGGUUAUGGUCUUCGUGACACCGGCUGUGGUUUCAGUUGCGAGGGAAAUGGAUUGAAGGAGAGGUUGUGAUGGAAGUGGAAUAGUCGAACUGAGAGGGAGAUUGAGUCCUUCUCCUGCAAGUGCAACCCUAGAGAAUAGAAUGUGUUGGGCUCGCUUGGGCUGUUGGGUGGAGUUGCAAUGGGCCCGCGUGGGCCCUAGUGGGCUUUGCCUCUGGGUCUAGGCGGCCUUGGCCCCUCUAGUAUGUUUUUGAGUUAUCCGGUCUUCCGGUUUUGACACGGUUUUAACCCGGAUUGGAUUGGUUCGGGUUUUUUUGCUAAUUCUCAGACCAAAGACGGGAUUAGAUUGUUUUACAUCCGGUCCCCGUCUUAAACGGUCCGAGUUAUACAGUUCGGUUUUCGGUUUUACAUGUGGUCCCGGACCAAAUAACCAACCCUAGUAUGAAAGAACAAGAGUUUAGAGAGAGGAUCUGGUGUCUAAGGGGGUGCUUAGUCACUUGACUAAGCCCCUCCUAGCCGUUGGAUCCUUAUCAAUCAAUCUUAUGGUGAAAAUAAGGGAAGGGAUGAUUAAAUAAUGUGAGGGGCAAUUUUGGAAUUAUGAAAACCUUCAUUUAAGUUUUUUAUUUCCUCCAACCUGUUCUUCUGCGUUGCUAGCAUCGCCCACAUGAGAGAGAGAAAAGUUGCGGCGAGUGAGAGAACGCCGACAACGAUGGAGAGAGAGAAUAUAGACCUCGACGACGAUGGCAACGGUGGAGAGAGGGAAAGGAGAUCGCGGUAGAGGCGGCAACAUUGGAGAGAGAAAGCAGAUUUGGCCGUCGUCGUCGUCGGGAAAACAGAGGAGAGAGAGACGAUGGUGGAGGAGAGAGAGGGGUGUCGGUGGCAGCGGCAGUGGAAAGAGUCGGCGGCGGGGACGCAUCUCUCCACAUCGUCGUCGUCCGAGGGUAGGGAAGAAGAAUCUGAGUUUCUAUUUCUUCCAUUUUUCUCGUUAAAACAAAAAUGUAUCCAAUAGUUGGCACUUGCUUUGUUUUUGGGUAAUUGGCUGCGUCGGAAUUAUAGUCAAAUAAUAAUAAUAUCGUUUAUUUUUUUCCUAACCAUUAUUCGAUCCAUUUGUAGAUAUUGUAUGAGAUUUUAUUUUUUUACGUAAUGAGUAUGAUUUGUAUACUUUGUAUGUUUUGUAAUAUUAAUUUGUAUACUUUAUAUGUAUUGAUUUGUGAUGCAAGUCAUGUCGAUUUGUAUUGUAAGUACUAAUAAUUUGUACUCUUAUUAUGUUUUGGGUACUUUGUCACUAUCUUUUAUUACAAAUUAUGAUGUUUACAAAUCAACCCUAUAAAUAUUAUGAAACAAAUUGAUACCCAUUACAAACUAUAAUAUCAACCAUUACAAACCAGAUGAACAAACAUUACAAACAUGGUUGACAAAAAUGACAAAUAUUACAAAAUAAAAAAGCUCACAAACAUUACAAAAGAAACUGACAAAUAGUACAAGCAUACUAAUCAUAUAGGGAUGACAAAUUACCCACCCAUGGGUAAUUAUACCCAAACCCAAGUAGACCCAUUGAUAAUGGGUUGGGUAUGGGUGAAGUGCAUAUGAGUUUGGGAGGUUUAUAGAUGGGUUUGGGUAAGGUAUGAAUAUUACUUCCAUAAUCUAAAUGGGUAUGGGUUGGAUAUGGAUAUCCAUUUACUUGAGAGUGUUUUAACUACACAUGCAAAAAUUGGACCUAUUUGUAAAAACUUGAAAAGUAUAGGUACCAAAAUGUAAGACCAAAAAAAUUUAGGUACCAAAAUGUAAUUUUCCAUCAAUAUUUUGAGGACUUAUAUGCAAAAAAAUUAAAUUUAGGUACUAAAUAUGCAUAUCUAUUAAGUUUGGGUAUCAAACUGUAAUUUGUAUUUGGGCAUGGGUACAAACCCAAAUCCAUUUGAUAUAAACCCAACUCAACCCAAAGUAAAUGGGUAUGGGUACA